UGACCUUGCUGACCUGCGGCCAUCCAUUGACUGGGUUCACAUUCCCAGCCACGAAGUAGCAAGGCCUGGUUACAAGCCACACUGUUUCCUGGGGUCUAUCCAGUCUUGGCUAGGCUAGCACCAGGCAGCCUAACUAUUCUUAACUUAUAGUCCAUGGCAGACUGUUAUCACAUAGUUCAAAAAAUUCACCACAGCUUCAAGGACAUCUCUAUAAGCGGGACCUGGAGUUGGUACCUUUAGCAGGAAAACAUCCAGCAGGUUAUGGGCUCUGCAGGGCCCUGCUCAGCCAGGGUUGUGUCUGAUACACUGGAGGGUAAAGCUGAGUGGAAUAGGAUCGUUCCAUUCACUUUAAAGGUGGCCUCUGGCUUGGUGCCACCUGCUCUUUUUCUUGGGCUCAUCCUGGGCCUGUAGCCUGGUGAUCCCUGCCCCCUCAUCACUAGGAGCUGGCUCACCCAAAGCUCUUUUGUAAGGCAGCAGACACUGGCGCCUGGCAGCCAUCUCUUGAUCUCCUGACCAGACCAGGCUCUUAUUACUCUGCCUCUUGGGUCAGAAGGUCAGACAAAGGGUCACACAGACUUUUUCCUUCCUGUCUCUGAAAAAAACCACUCCCUGGGGACCUCUGGAGCCACAGAAAGGGUUUGGAAAGGCAGAUUCCAGGCAGGGCCUUUGUCUUGCCACCAGCUUUGAUCUCCCUGCCCUCCCCCACAGUAGUGGAGCCUCUAGUGCAGCUAAAGAAUGGAUGCUGGCCCUCAUGGUGGGUCACUGGGGCAAGGCUUGAAUGUCCUUAGAUCCCUGAGCAACAUGUAGGAUGCCUGCUCUUUGAAAGAUGCACUUGGCCAACCCGAGACAACCACGUACCCUGUGUGUAGUCAGUUUGGUGGCUUCUCUAUGCCCUUGUUUAUAUUAAGUACCAAAUCAGACUGUCUAUGGCCAGUGCACAUGGAUCAUCUGUUUCCAUGCAGAUAGGAUAACCUUUUUAUUUAUUUUGUACCUGCCUUGCCCAUUUGAAGUGAGUGAUGGCAUAGACCCUGGCUAGAAGCCAGGAGCCCAGUUUUAGAGAAUUGAGUGUCUGGGAGGAUAAAUCCUGCCUCGUUGUGCCCUCAGCUGCUAAGACACCAAAGCCUAACGUUUUGUUUUGAGACUGUGUGUCCAUUUCUAGGCAAACUGGCCUGGAAUUUGUUGUGUAGCUCCCUCGGUUGGUCUCAAUCUGGCACCUCCUGCUGCCACCUCCCCAGUGCUGGGAUUACAGGUGUGUAACACCACACCAAGCACCCUAGCAGGUUUCUUUUUUCCAUGCCAAGACCUGCUGACAAGUGUGAUGCUUGAAGGGGACGGAAAGAAAACAGAACCUCUAUCACUUGCCAGUAGAAGAUGCGCCUUACCUAUACUUGGGAUAGGCGCCAUCCUUGUCUGCCUUUGGAGAGAACCUAAACCAGUAGUCAGCAGAGGCUGGAGUGAGUGCUGCGUGAGAGACUGAAGGGUGAGGACAAAAGCUGAAAUUUGCCAGCCCCGCCCCCCCUCCCGGAGUAGAGGGUGGGAGGGUCUUCAAGGAGACUUUGACUCCUGCUGGGCUCCAGCUUGUAGAGGGAGGGGCUCGGGUUACAGCACCCCCCUCCCUGGUUUAGCUGGCCUUCUCCGCCCCUUGGUGACCCUAGUGGUCAGUUGCUCUGGGCUUCAGGGCCUCUGGCCCCUCCCCAGCCCUUCCUCCUCUUCAAUUCCCAAUCCUAUGCUGACCAGAGCCUGGGAGCCACCCACAGUGUUUGGGAGAGGGCCAGCCACUAUUUUGUGGACAGGUUCUGAGAGGCCCCAAAAUACCUACUCAGGUCCAGAGAGGAGCAUCAGCUGUGAGCUCCAGCAUUGGGGAAUCCAAGAGUCAAAGGAGAGGGUCCUUUGAGGCAGGGGUAGUAAUCCUAGGCCCAGGACCCUAUAGGGUGGCUAUCUGUAGGGAGUCCUGACUGGUGGCCACACACUUCCCACCCCCUGGCCCUGUGGUCCCCAUGCCUGCCCCACAGCCACUCCUGCCUCUCUUCUUUGUCUUCGUGCUCAUCCUUCUAACCUCGGAGACCAACCUGCUGCCAGAGCCUGGAAGCCACCCUGGCAUGUGCCCCAACCAGCUCAGCCCCCACCUGUGGGUGGACGCCCAGAGCACCUGUGAGCGUGAGUGUACCAGGGACCAGGACUGUGCAGCAUCUGAGAAGUGCUGCACCAAUGUGUGUGGGCUGCAGAGUUGCGUGGCCGCCCGCUUCCCCAGCGGUGGCCCAGCUGUACCCGAGACAACAGCCUCCUGUGAAGGCUUCCAGUGCCCACAACAGGGUUCCGAUUGUGACAUCUGGGACGGGCAGCCAGUUUGCCGCUGCCGUGACCGCUGUGAGAAAGAACCCAGCUUCACUUGUGCUUCCGACGGCCUCACCUAUUACAACCGCUGCUAUAUGGAUGCGGAGGCCUGCCUGCGGGGUCUCCACCUGCAUGUUGUACCCUGCAAGCACAUUCUCAGUUGGCCACCCAGCAGCCCAGGACCGCCCGAGACCACCGCUCGCCCAACCCCCGGGGCCGCUCCCAUGCCACCUGCCCUGUACAAUAGCCCCUCGCCGCAGGCAGUACACGUAGGGGGAACAGCCAGUUUCCACUGUGAUGUCAGUGGCCGUCCACCACCUGCUGUGACCUGGGAGAAGCAGAGCCAUCAGCGGGAGAAUCUGAUCAUGCGGCCUGACCAAAUGUACGGCAAUGUGGUUGUCACCAGUAUAGGGCAGCUAGUGCUCUACAAUGCCCAGCUGGAAGAUGCGGGCCUGUACACCUGCACCGCACGCAACGCCGCUGGCCUGCUGCGGGCUGACUUCCCCCUUUCUGUUUUGCAGCGGGCAAGUACUCGGGAUGGGGACCCAGGUGUCCUGGCCCUAGCCGAGUGCCAGCCCGACACACAAGCCUGUGUGGGGCCCCCUAACCCCCAUCAUGUCCUCUGGCGCUUUGACCCACAGCGAGGCAGCUGCAUGACCUUCCCAGCUCUCAAAUGUGAUGGGGCUGCCCGGGGCUUCGAGACCUAUGAAGCAUGCCAACAGGCCUGUGCCCGUGGCCCUGGGGAUGCCUGCGCACUGCCUGCAGUGCAGGGCCCCUGCCAGGGCUGGGAGCCACGCUGGGCCUACAGCCCACUGCUGCAGCAGUGCCACCCCUUUGUAUACAGUGGCUGUGAAGGCAACGGCAAUAACUUCGAGAGCCGGGAGAGCUGUGAGGAUGCUUGCCCUGUGCCACGCACACCACCCUGCCGCGCCUGCCGCCUCAAGAGCAAGCUGGCCCUGAGCUUGUGCCGCAGCGACUUUGCCAUUGUGGGUCGACUCACUGAGGUGCUGGAGGAGCCCGAGGCUGCAGGUGGCAUUGCGCGCGUGGCCUUAGACGACGUGCUCAAGGACGACAAGAUGGGCCUCAAGUUCUUGGGCACCAAAUACCUGGAGGUGACACUGAGUGGCAUGGACUGGGCCUGCCCAUGCCCCAAUGUGACAGCUGGUGAUGGGCCACUGGUCAUCAUGGGUGAGGUUCGUGAAGGUGUGGCCGUGUUGGAUGCCAACAGCUAUGUUCGUGCUGCCAGCGAGAAGCGAGUCAAGAAGAUCGUAGAACUGCUCGAGAAGAAGGCUUGUGAACUGCUCAACCGCUUCCAAGACUAGCUUUCCUCAUAAUCCCCAUCCCUGCCCUCCUUCCUGCUGAAUAAACGUCUGCACUGUGGGA